AUGGUGAUGGAAAUCACCCAAUUACUUUUGAAUGCUCAAUCAGUCGAUGGGCAAGUCCGGAAGCUUGCUGAAGAUAACCUUAAACAAUUUCAGGAUCAGAACCUCCCAAGUUUCUUGCUUUCGCUUGCUGGAGAGCUAGCCAAUGAAGAAAAGCCAGCUGACUCGCGAAAAUUAGCGGGUCUUAUUCUUAAAAAUGAAUUAGAUGCUAAGGAACAACCUAGAAAGUUUGAGCUUAUACAGAAAUGGGUGUCUUUAGAUGUGGGAUUGAAGAAUCAAAUUAAGGCAUUCUUGUUACAGUCCUUGUCUUCUCCUGUUCAUGAUGCCCGCUCAACUGCAUCUCAGGUAGUUGCUAAGGUUGCUGGUAUUGAGUUGCCCCACAAACAAUGGCCAGAGCUGAUAGGAUCACUGUUAGGAAACAUUCACCAACUUCCACCUCAUGUCAAACAAGCAACUUUGGAGACCCUUGGGUAUUUGUGUGAGGAGGUCUCUCCUGAUGUGGUAGAGCAGGAUCAUGUGAAUAAAAUCCUCACUGCCGUCGUUCAAGGUAUGAAUGCAAAUGAAACAAACAAUGAAGUAAGGCUUGCUGCUACGCAUGCAUUAUAUAAUGCUUUGGGCUUUGCUCAGGCUAAUUUUAACAAUGAUAUGGAGAGAGAUUAUAUCAUGAGAGUUGUCUGUGAGGCGACAUUGUCACCUGAUGUGAAGAUUCGACAGGCAGCUUUUGAAUGUUUGGUUGCAAUUUCUUCCACAUAUUAUGAGAAGCUGGCUCCUUACAUUCAGGACAUAUUUAAUAUUACAGCAAAGGCAGUGAGGGAAGAUGAAGAGCCAGUUGCUCUUCAAGCUGUUGAGUUUUGGAGCUCUAUAUGUGAUGAGGAAAUUGAUAUUCUUGAAGAAUAUGGAGUUGAUUUCACGGGUGACUCUGAAAUUCCUUGCUUUUAUUUUAUCAAGCAGGCUCUCCCUGCUUUGGUCCCCAUGUUGCUGGAGACACUUCUCAAGCAAGAAGAGGAGCAAGAUCAAGAUGAGGGAGCUUGGAAUAUUGCUAUGGCUGGGGGAACUUGCCUUGGGCUUGUUGCAAGAACUGUUGGAGAUGAUAUUGUGCCUCUUGUGAUGCCAUUUAUUGAAGAGAACAUCACGAAGCCUGAUUGGAGGCAACGAGAGGCUGCCACCUAUGCCUUUGGAUCAAUUUUGGAGGGUCCAUCCCCUGACAAGUUGACUGCAAUUGUCAAUGUUGCUUUGAACUUCAUGCUCACUGCAUUGACAAAAGAUCCUAACAGCCAUGUUAAGGACACCACAGCGUGGACUCUUGGACGAAUUUUUGAAUUUCUUCAUGGAUCAGCGGUGGAAACUCCAAUUAUCACGCAUGCAAAUUGCCAGCAGAUUCUUACGGUUUUAUUGCAAGCCAUGAAGGACACUCCUAAUGUUGCUGAAAAAGCCUGUGGUGCUCUCUAUUUCUUGGCCCAAGGUUAUGAGGAUAUUGGUUCGUCUUCACCCUUGACUCCUUACUUCCAGGAGAUUGUCCAGUCCCUUCUUACUGUUACCCACAGAGAAGAUGCUGGGGAAGCGCGAUUGCGGACUGCUGCUUAUGAAACUCUAAAUGAAGUAGUCAGGUGCUCAACUGAUGAAACUGCUCCCUUGGUUUUGCAACUAGUUCCUGUAAUUAUGAUGGAGCUUCAUAAAACACUUGAAUCACACAACCUUUCACCUGAUGGGAAACAGGGAGAACUGCAAGGUCUUUUGUGCGGUUGUCUUCAGGUUAUUAUUCAGAAGCUUGGGGCAGCAGAACAACCUAGAGCUAUGCUUUUGCAGUACGCUGAUCAAAUCAUGCAACUAUUCUUAGGAGUGUUUGCUUGUAGAAAUGCCACAGUACAUGAAGAGGCCAUGCUAGGAAUUGGUGCUCUUGCCUAUGUCACAGGUCCUGAAUUUGCCAAAUACAUGAAUCAGUUCUACAAGUACUUGGAAAUGGGUCUUCAAAACUUUGAAGAAUACCAAGUUUGUGCUGUCACCGUUGGUGUGGUGGGAGAUUUAUGCAGGGCGUUGGAAGAUAAGAUUCUGCCUUAUUGUGAUGGGAUUAUGACACAACUCCUUAAGGACUUGUCAAGCAAUCAACUUCAUCGUUCAGUAAAGCCUCCUAUUUUCUCAUGCUUUGGGGACAUAGCUCUUGCGAUAGGAGAGAAUUUUGAGAAAUAUUUGAUGUACGCCAUGCCAAUGCUUCAGAGUGCAGCGGACUUGUCUGCUCACACAGCUGGUGCUGAUGAUGAGAUGCUCGAGUACACUAAUCUUUUGCGGAAUGGAAUUUUGGAAGCUUAUUCUGGAAUCCUUCAAGGAUUUAAAAACACUUCGAGAACCCAACUUCUGCUAACUCAUGCACGUCAUAUUCUUUCCUUCAUAGAUAGCAUAUACCAGGAGAAAGCUAUGGAUGAUGCUGUCAUGAAGACUGCCAUCGGAGUGCUUGGUGACCUUGCAGACACACUUGCAACUAGUGCAGGCCCCUUAAUCCAGCAGUUUCCAUCAUGCCGGGACUUGCUUAAUGAAUGCUUGUUGUCUGAUGAUCAUUCAAUUAAGCAAUCUGCUGAAUGGGCCAAGUUGGCUGUUAGUCGAGUGAUAUCCAUUUGAGGCUUGGUCUCCUGUUUGGUAUAUUCUUUUACUUUUAGAAGUCCCUGCAUGCAUUGGGUGUCGAGUUGGGUCCGGGGGUUUGGGGUUGCAUACACAAGUGUCGGGUCGUCACCAGUCAGACAACUGAAGCUGUCAGGUCCUUUUGCUCUGGUCAUUAAGGAGGUGGUGGAUAGUCGGAAACAUUUCAGGGGCCUCUGCUUGAAAGUUUUUAACCAAUCAAGCUAAGUGCCGAAGGAUGAAUAUGGGAGAGACAUGUAUGUCUUUUGAGUCUGAAAUGUCAAAACUGAUCAAAAAUCAUGCCGAAAGCGUGGUUGCCUGAUUUCCGGUCCAUGGUCCCCUCUACUAAUUUUGAAAAGGGAUAUUCCCUUGUUUGCCCUGGUGUUUCCUAUCGUCUCUAAAUGUUACAAUGUGAAUAUCUGGAAGUCAGAUGAUGAUUACAGCAGAGGGUCAAUGCAGGUUCAAAGAUAUGUUCAAAUGACCACCAGUGGUUUAACAUAGAAUUUCCUCCCCCCUUCACCAAGUAUUUUUUUAUUAUAAUUUUUUCCUUCCCCCAUUUUUCAUUUUCUUCAUAUUUGAUCUUUUAAUUUUUGGUUUUCCCCCCUUUUUUUGAGUCCUGCAUGGUUUGUAGUCCAUCAGUUCAGCCAACAGUUGUGUUGCAUUUGCGUCUCAUCAUAUUUUGUCUUUUUUUUUUUUUUUUUUUUUUUUUUUUUUUUUUGUAUACUCUUCAUGUGGUCUUUUUGAUCACCCACAUACGAUGAAAGCAUCACAUUAUUAUUAUUAUUAUUAUCAUUAUGCAUUAUUUCAAUGAUAUUUUGGGUUUAAGCACUACUGCUUGAUCAAAUUCGUUUUGGUCGAUUGUUCUCAUUCAUGAUCAAGCAUGUCUGUUACUUGGAAUCUUGGAUUUUGCAGUGGAGUACAGGAAUUUUUAGUUGCGUAAAUUAUUUCCAGAUUUUGUCGUCUUUAAAGGCGAAACGUGUAACUUGUGGGCUUCCUAUAGUUAUCAUGUUAUAAACAUAUUAUGGAAACUGGGUCUUUAAUUUGGACCCCGUAUUUUUCUCUCCAAGUUGUAUGAUGUUAUACUUGUGAGAUUGAACAAAGAAGUCUCUUAAGUAUUUUUUAUAUAAUAUAUGCUAUCCAGAUUUUAUCAUGUAAAGCUGGUAUUUGUAAUUGAGGAUAAGUUUAUCUA